AUGACCAAAUUGGAGAUCCGACGAGUAGACUGCGACGCCACAUUCGCAAAACACCGCCCCGUCGGCGCUUUCAAACUCCGCAAGAUACCCCCGCGAGUCGACGCUAUCGUCCGAGGUGUCAAGUUCAAAAUGGCACGCAAGCACCCCCUGUCCAGCACCCUCAGCUUCCGCUUCUUGGGCGUGCGCGAGAUGCGGUGGGAGGUGCUGGGCAAGCAUGGCAAGGGCAUGAGGCUCGUCGACUUCAACGGCAAAACUCGAGCUUUUUUCCGUUCGAGGCUGCAUGUGAUGAAUGCUGGUCUUGGAAGCGGAGGAGGAGGAAGAGGUGGAAGAGAGGGUGGAGAAGACGGGAACAGUCCUCCCCCUGCAAGUCAUACAAACAUGAUGAGCCAGGCGGGGUGGGGGCCCGGGUUUGAGCUGCAUGCCGCUCUCGCCGAUCUUGACCUCGAUCUGGUGGUCACCACUGGCUUGGCGGCGGCAGAGUAUCAUCGUCAGUUGGAUGAAGACUGGGACCUGGUCUUGGAGAAGGCAGAGGCGGCACGAGAGACGCAGGAAUUGGACAAAGGGCGCGACGGCUGA